AUGAGGAUAGGCGUCCUGCUGAGCCUUCUGUUCCAUGUUGCAGCUGCUUUUCAUGAACUACGUUACCUGGUGGUGAUCCCUGCAGAUCUCCGCUACUCAUCCAGCCAAGUUGCCUGCCUCCAUAUCACCUGUUACGAAAAAAAGCUUCAAGUGAAUCUGGUCCUGGAGCGCUCUGCAGGACAUGAGCUCUUAAUGCAAGAAACCAUCCACAAGAAGAAGGCAUUUACGUGCACUAAGUUCUGGGUUACACCUCCAGCUGAUGGCACAGAGGAGGUUGCCACUGUCAAACUGCUCAUCACGGGCAAAGGGGUCAGUAUUGAGGAGAAGGAAAAGGUUCUGAUCUCCAAGACCAGAAGUGGCACCUUCAUCCAAACAGACAAGCCCAUCUAUCAACCAGGGCAGACAGUGAGACUCCGCAUAGUGACUCUGGAUGAGGAAUUCAUGGUGCUCAAUGAUUCGAUUUCCCUGUUUCUCCAGGACCCUAAGGACAACCAGAUAGAGCAAUGGCUGGAUGUGGUACCCCAAGACGGCAUUGCAGAUCUGUCCUUCCAGCUAAGUGAUGAGCCUGUGCUGGGGACGUAUGUCAUCAAUGUCACCAGCACAAAAGCUUAUGGCAGCUUCUCCGUCCAGGAAUAUGUGCUACCAAAAUUUGAAGUGAUCUUUGAGGCACCAAAUCAGGUUUACACACUAGAUAAAACCUUCCCACUCCGGGUAUGUGGCAGAUAUGCUUAUGGGAAAGCUGUGCAUGGCAUGGUUCAUGUGAACCUUUGUCAGAAGAUAGCCCCAUUCCUGCCCAGUGCUUCGAAACCAGAUCUGUGUCAGGCAUUCAGCAACCAGACAGAUGAGACUGGUUGCUUCUUUACACACGUGAACCUGUCCUCCUUCAGUCGAGACUUCAGGUACUAUCAGGACAGCAUAGUUGCAGAGGCCUUACUGAUAGAGGAUGGCACAGAGACACACGUCAAUGCUUCCCACAAGUUGCUCAUCUCCAAGAUUGGCGGGAUGGCCUUGUUUGAUGAUGUGAAUUCUUACUACCACACUGGAGAGAUAUACAGGGGCAAGAUUAAAGUCAUCAACUACCAAGGCAAGGCACUGAAGAAUAAAAAUGUCCUCCUCACAGUAAGCUAUGGAGACCAGCAAUUUAAGCAGAAGUACAUCACUGGGGAUUGUGGGACAGCUUCAUUUAGUCUGAAUACAACUGUUUGGAACAGCACCUCAGCUGCACUGGAGGCAAGUGUCCUGCAUCAAGAUUUGGAUCAAGAACUUGGGACAGUUGAUUUGAGUUACCAGCGAGCCUCUUACUUCAUACGUCCAUUCUACAGUACCAGCAGGAGUUUCCUCUCUAUUGUCCGUGUGCCAAAAACAGUGCCCUGUGGUAAAAUGCAGGCUAUCCACGUGGACUUCAGAAUUUACCAGGAGGACCUGGAACAUGGGCCCAAGCGUGUCAUCUUCUCCUACUUUGUGACAGGGAGAAGAAGGAUAGUCCAUGCAGGUCAGAAGACUGUUUGGGUUGGACUGCCAAGAAUGCUGAAAGGCUUUUUCUCCAUCCCUCUUACCUUCAGCUGGAUCUUUGCACCAGCUCCAAGACUUGUUGUUUAUGUUAUCUUCCCUAAUGGAAAGAUCAUCGCUGAUUCUGCCAUGUUCAGUGUCUCCAUGUGUUUCAGAAAUAAGGUGGAGCUGGCCUUCUCAACACUGGAGACUCUUCCUGAUUCAGAGGUUGGUCUCCACCUGCAGGCAUCUCCUGGGUCCACAUGUGCCGUCUGGGCUGUGGAUCGGAGUGUCCUUGGGCUGAACACAGGAAAAGAGCUCAGCCGCUCUUUGAUCUAUAGGCUGUUCCCAUCUGAUUAUAACUCCAGGUAUCCUCGCCAAGUGUCUGAAGAUGAUCAGUCAUGCAGGUUCCCAAAUUCUGAUGAGCAUGAUGUGUUUACAGCAUUCAGGGAAAUGGGGUUGAAGAUUAUAUCCAACACCAAUAUCAGGAAACCCAGAGUGUGUCCAACCACUCCAUCAACAACUAUGCUGCAGGAAAAAAGAAUGUUUACUUCCAGGUCCAGGUUGGUGUUUGGUCAGACCCAUAAAGCACAUAACACAGAGCACCUGACAACAUCUACCUAUCAGCCCAAUAUGUUUUCACCUGUUUCUUCAGCUGAAGAGAAAGUAGACAAGCAUCUCCUCAAAACCUGGAUGUGGGAUUUGUAUUCUCUGGGUCCCAAUGGGAACAAGACUGUCACUGUCACUGUGCCUGACGCCAUUGCAGAAUGGAAAGCAGGGGUGUUCUGCACAGGACCUAACGGCUUUGGACUUGCUCCAACCACCAGUCUGCUUGUUUUCAAGCCUUUCCUUGUGGAUCUCGCACUGCCAUCUUCGGUGAUCCAGGGCGAGACCUUCAUCUUGAAGGCCACAGUCUUCAACUACCUGCAGCAAUGCAUGAAGAUUCAAGUGACCCUGAAGGAGUUUGCACACCUCCAGGUAGAAUCAUGCAAAGGCUGUGUCUACAGCAGCUGCUUAUGUGCUGGUGAACCUAAGACCUUUCAGUGGAGUGUCACAGCUGAGCAAUUAGGGCUCAUGAACAUCACUCUCAGCACAGAGGCUGUGGCCACCCAAGAACUCUGUGGUGAAGAGAUACCAUUUGUCCCAAACCAAGGACAGAAAGACACGAUCACCAAACUCCUUCUAGUCCGGCCAGAGGGAGUGUUGGUAGAAAAGGCUCACAGCUCCAUCCUGUGUCCUGAAAAAGGGAAUCCAGCGCAGGAGUCUGUGUCCCUGAUGUUGCCUCUAGAUGUGAUUGAAGGUUCAGUCAGAGCCACCAUCUUGGUUACCGGUGACCUCAUGGCAAUGGCACUGCAGAACAUGGACCACCUGGUGCAGUUGCCCCAUGGCUGUGGGGAGCAGAACAUGGUGCUGUUUGCCCCCAUUGUCUAUGUGCUGCAGUACCUGGAGAAGACGAAGCAGCUGACCCUUGAGAUCAAGGAGAGGGCAACAGGAUUCCUGCGCAAUGGGGGGUGUGGAUGGGGAAGUCCCCUUGGCUGCCUACAUCACUGCUGCGUACUUGGAGGCAGGAGAGACACUGGAGGCGGGCAGAUCCACUGGAGUCAGACCUUGUCCAAGCCCAGACCCAGCACCAGCCCUUGGUCACAGCCACUGUCCGUGGAUGUGGAGUUGACAGCCUAUGUCCUGCUGGCCCUGCUCUCCAAGCCAAAUGUCACAGAGUCAGAUCUCACCACAGCCUCUGGCAUAGUGGCCUGGCUCACCAGGCAGCAGAAUGCCUAUGGAGGGUUUGCCUCAACACAGGACACAAUAGUCGCCCUGCAGGCCUUGGCUAAGUAUGCAGCGCUGACAUACAGCACGAAAGGGGUUGCAGAAGUGAGGGUGAGGUCCCAGAGAGGCUUUGGGAGGAGGUUCCAGGUCUCCUACCAGAACCGGCUGUUGGUGCAGGAGGCAGCACUGACAGAAGUCCCGGGCAAGUUCUCAGUGCAGGCCCAAGGCAGCUGUUGUGUCUUUACCCAGAUGGUGCUGAGGUACAACACGCCGUCCCCACAGGUCUCCACAUCCUUUGCUUUGCGAGUGAAAACUGAACCAGACAAUUGCACUGAGGAUGAUAUACACUCUGUUACUGUCUAUGUCAAUGUCAGGUACACUGGGAAGAGAUCCAUUUCCAACAUGGUGAUUGUGGAGGUGUCCCUACUGUCUGGAUUCAUCCUGGCUCCUGGAUCUGGGAUGUCUCUGCAGCACUGGCACUCUGUGAAAAGAACUGAGCAAACACAGGGAGGCGUUGCCAUCUACUUGGACAAGCUGAGCCACAAGUCUGAGACCUAUGUCCUGCAUCUGGAGCAGGAGAUUGGAGUGAUCAACUUGAAGCCAGGCUAUGUCAGGGUCUAUGACUACUACCAUCCAGAGGAUCAGGCCCUGGCUGAAUAUAAUAUCUCCUGCAUCUGAGCCCACAGGGAUCCCACUAGUGCAAGAUGUGAGAUGGGAAAUCACAUUUUGGCGGGCUUGGGAUAUUGGUGCUGGGACAGAUCUCAAACUGGAUUUCAGGACUAACUUCAGCCAAGCCAUGCUGCUCAUCCUGACAGCCAUCUUCUGGUGAAUUAUUUGGGUUUUCUGAUUAAUUCUGAUUGCUUUAAUUGAGGGAUUUUCUUGCUUGUAAAGAUAUAAAAUAAAAUA